AUGAGGUCUAGAAGCAGCCUGGGGUUUGCUCUUUUCUGCUGGGUUUUGGGGGAGGUGGUUGCUUCCAACCCCUGGAGCUUCAUUAGAGGGGAGGCAGAGCUAUGGAGGUAUGGAGGGGAUCUUUCCUUGGGGCAGCCCCGUGCGUUCUCCCAGCCCUCUCCCUGGGCAUGGGUGGAUGUCUCCCAGCUCCAGGCUGCUGCCCCGCUGCACCCCGUGGCCGUGCGGUGCCAAGAGGCGCAGAUGGUGGUCACGGUGCACAGGGACCUCUUUGGCACGGGGCGCCUGGUCAGGGCUGCGGACCUGACCCUGGGCUCGGAUGCCUGCCUGCCUGCGGUCUGGAGUGCUGCUGAGACCGUGGUGACCUUCGUGGCUGGGCUGCACGAGUGUGGCAGCACCCUUAGGGUGACCCCUGAUGCUCUGGUCUACAGCACGAGCUUAAAUUACAAGCCAACUCCUGCUGGCAACCCUGUCAUCGUCCGCACCAGCCCUGCCGUGGUUCCUAUUGAGUGCUACUACCCAAGGAGGGACAACGUGAGCAGCAACGGUGUCAAGCCCACAUGGGUGCCCUUUCGUUCCACCCUCUCCUCUGAGGAGAAGCUACCCUUCUCCCUGCGCCUCAUGAACGAUGACUGGAGCAGUGAGAGAGUCUCCACUGUAUUUCAACUGGGAGACGUCCUCCGCUUCCAAGCUGGUGUCAACACGGAGAACCAUGCACCUCUAAGGCUCUUUGUGGACAACUGUGUGGCCACCCCAACCCCAGACAGGAGCUCUUCUCCCCAGUAUGCUUUCAUUGACUUCAGUGGGUGCCUGGUGGAUGGCCAACUGGAUGAUGCCACCUCAACUUUUAUAUCCCCAAGACCAAGGCAAGAUGUGCUUCAGUUUGCAGUAGAUGUGUUCAAGUUUGCAGGAGACUCCAGCAAUCUGAUCUACAUCUCCUGCCACUUGAAGGUCUCCCUGGCUGAUCAGGCUCCUGACCCUCUGAACAAGGCUUGCUCCUUCAACAAAGCCAGCAACCUCUGGGCUCCUGUGGAAGGUAGCCGGGAUGUCUGCUCCUGCUGCGAGAUGAGGAGCUGUGGCUUGGCCAGGCACUCCAGGAGGCUCUAUGCUCCCUCCCAGUGGCAAGGAGGACGUGCCCGGAGAGAACUGCCCUCCCAGCUCGAUCCCUUGGUGAAAGAAGCAGAUGUUGCGGUUGGACCUCUCUUCAUCCACAGCUGGCAGGAUCACCCAGCUAGGAGGAUGCCAUCACAAGAUGCAGGUCACUUGUGGAUGGUAUUGGAGCUGGCUGCAGUUGCUGGUUUGGUCAUCCUGAUUCUUGCUGUUCUAGGAGCUCUGACUGUCUGCUGGAAACCCAGCAACCCUGUUUAA